GUAGGCAGAGGAUUAGAUCUGACGUACCAGCUGGUGUCAAAAACCUGUCCCUUGAUGAUCUCUCGUAAGCACUGUAUUUUCCAGCAAAAUGCAGAGGGGCAGUGGACUGUUAAGGAUAACAAGAGUCUAAAUGGAGUCUGGCUUAACAAACAGCGCUUGGAUCCCUCGAAAGUGUAUCCUAUCACUGAAGGAGACCAUAUCCAGUUGGGAGUGCCUUUGGAAAACAAAGAGACUGCUGAAUAUGAGUAUGAAGUAAUUAAAGAGGAAUGGGAGAAAAUCAGACCCUUUUUAGCCCAAAGAAAUGACCUAGGGAAAGCUAAGAGUUCAAGAACUAAACGUAAAUUUAGUUUGGAGGAGUCGGAGACAUCUGGAGCAGAAGGCCCUUCAAACUCCAGAUCCAAAAGAGACAGAAUGUCUUGUGACAAUUUGGGUAGAUCAUGUGGGAGGGUAGAAGAGGCCAGACAGUUGACAGAGAAGAUGGACAUCAAGCUGCCUUCUCCCGGACCAAGCAAGGAAGAUAGUGAUCCAGUGUAUAGUAGCCCUGUGCAGUCUGAAAAAGCUGUGUCUGUCCGCUGUAAGGACCAGGAAAGCUCUGGUCUUGCAGAGUCAUGGACUGGCUUAGAAAUGCUGAGGAAAACUCUGGUAGAUAUAAUGAAGCUAAAGGUCAAAGUGCAGGAGAAGCAGACAGCAGUUUUGAAUGUGAAGCAGAAGCGCAGGAAGUGUGCUCAGAAGGAGAUCCAGGCAAUGGAGCAGGAGCUGCGGGAGUUGCAGGACCGGCUGUGCACAGAACAAGAGCAUCAUCAGCAGCAGGUGGAAGAGCUGGAGAGGACAUUCUCUAAAGAGCAGCAGAAGCUAGAGGGACUAAAGCUGCAACAUGGGGAAGAGAAUCUGAAGGAGCAACUGGCCCAGGUCCUCCAAGAGCAUCACGCUUUGAUGGAAGAACUGAGCCGUAGUAAGAAAGAUUUUGAGGAGAUAAUUCGAGCCAAGAAUAAAGAACUGGAAAAAACCAAGGAGGAGAAGGAAAAGGUGAGAGCCCAAAAAGAAGAGGUGUUGAAUCAGAUGAAUGAUGUGUUGGAGAAUGAGUUGCAGUGCACAAUCUGUUCUGAACACUUCAUCGAGGCGGUCACUCUGAACUGUGCGCACAGCUUCUGCUCCUACUGUAUCAAUGAGUGGACAAAACGUAAAGUGGAGUGCCCGAUCUGCAGGCAGGAGAUCAAAUCAAAGACGCGCUCUCUGGUGUUGGAUAACUGCAUUGACAGGAUGGUAGAAAAACUGGAUGUGGAAAUGAAAGAGCAUCGCCUGACCCUUAUCAGAGAGCGGAAAGAGAAACAGAAUUUUUUGGUGAAACCAGCAACAGACAAUGACAGCAGUGUCAUUUCUUCCAUCUACUCGAUCUUGUCGAUGAACAGUUGUGACAGUGAGGACUCUGAGGAGGAUUCUUGAGCUUUCAUGUACAAUAAAAAGUACUACAUUACUUAAACACUGUUACUGCAGGCUCCUUUGCCUGUGUGCUGCCCAGAGGUGACCUAGUGGUGUUUGGUUGACUACAGCUGGAUGAGUGGACUGGACAUCUGGAAGGAGAGACUCUGUGAAGAGGCUGGAGCUG